GAGGUGGCUGUAAGAGGAACUCAGGCCAGAGCAGAAGGAUUAUGUCCCCAGGAGCCCCCUAGGUGAGCCUGGACCCCUGCCAAAACCCAUCCAAGUGCCCCCUAGGAGCUGGGCCACCAGCGGCCACCAUGGGCAGCAAGGAGCGGUUCCACUGGCAGAGCCACAAUGUGAAGCAGAGCGGCGUGGACGACAUGGUGCUACUGUCUCAAAUCACAGAGGACGCCAUCGUGAGCAACCUCCGAAAGCGCUUCAUGGAUGACUACAUCUUUACAUACAUCGGUUCUGUGCUUAUUUCCGUCAACCCCUUCAAGCAGAUGCCAUAUUUCACAGACCGCGAGAUUGACCUCUACCAGGGUGCGGCCCAGUACGAGAAUCCCCCGCACAUCUACGCCCUCACUGACAACAUGUACCGGAAUAUGCUCAUCGACGGGGAAAACCAGUGUGUCAUUAUCAGUGGAGAGAGCGGAGCUGGGAAGACUGUGGCUGCUAAAUACAUCAUGGGCUACAUCUCCAAGGUGUCUGGAGGGGGAGAGAAGGUCCAGCAUGUCAAGGACAUCAUCCUGCAAUCAAACCCGCUGCUGGAGGCCUUCGGCAAUGCCAAAACUGUGCGGAACAACAACUCUAGCCGCUUUGGCAAGUACUUUGAGAUCCAGUUCAGCCGAGGUGGGGAGCCAGACGGAGGCAAGAUCUCCAACUUCCUGCUGGAGAAAUCUCGUGUGGUUAUGCAGAACGAGAAUGAAAGGAACUUCCACAUCUAUUACCAGCUGCUGGAAGGAGCCUCUCAAGAGCAGCGGCAGAACCUGGGGCUCAUGUCCCCUGACUACUAUUACUACCUCAACCAGUCAGACACCUACAAGGUGGAUGGCACUGACGACCGGAAUGACUUCAGUGAGACCCUGAGUGCCAUGCAGGUUAUUGGGAUCCCACCCAGCAUCCAGCAGCUGGUCCUGCAGCUGGUAGCUGGGAUCCUGCACCUGGGAAACGUCAGCUUCUGUGAAGAGGGAAACUACGCGCGGGUGGAGAGUGUAGACCUCCUUGCUUUUCCUGCUUACCUGCUGGGCAUCGACAGUGAGCGGCUGCAGGAGAAGCUAACCAGCCGCAAGAUGGACAGCCGCUGGGGUGGGCGGAGUGAGUCCAUUGAUGUUACCCUCAACGUGGAGCAGGCAGCCUACACCCGCGAUGCCCUGGCCAAGGGGCUGUACGCUCGCCUCUUCGACUUCCUGGUGGAGGCCAUCAACCGCGCCAUGCAGAAACCCCAAGAAGAGUACAGCAUCGGUGUGCUGGAUAUCUACGGCUUCGAGAUCUUCCAGAAAAAUGGCUUUGAGCAGUUCUGCAUCAACUUCGUCAAUGAAAAGCUGCAACAAAUCUUUAUUGAGCUCACCCUAAAGGCAGAGCAGGAAGAGUAUGUGCAGGAAGGAAUCCGCUGGACCCCCAUUGAGUACUUCAACAACAAAGUCGUCUGUGACCUCAUUGAAAACAAACUGAGUCCCCCAGGCAUCAUGAGCGUGCUGGACGAUGUGUGUGCCACCAUGCACGCCACUGGCGGCGGCGCUGACCAGACGCUGCUGCAGAAGCUGCAGGCGGCCGUGGGCACCCAUGAACACUUCAACAGCUGGAGCGCUGGCUUUGUCAUCCACCACUACGCUGGAAAAGUCUCCUACAAUGUCAGCGGCUUCUGCGAGAGAAACAGAGACGUUCUCUUCUCCGACCUCAUUGAACUGAUGCAGACCAGUGAGCAGGCCUUCCUCCGAAUGCUCUUUCCUGAGAAGCUGGAUAUAGACAAGAAGAGCCGCCCCAGCACAGCUGGCUCCAAGAUCAAGAAACAAGCCAAUGACCUGGUGGCCACCCUGAAGAGGUGCACACCCCACUACAUCCGCUGCAUCAAACCCAACGAGACCAAGCGACCCAGAGACUGGGAAGAGAGCAGGGUCAAACACCAGGUGGAGUACCUAGGCCUGAGGGAGAACAUUCGGGUGCGCAGGGCGGGCUUCGCCUACCGCCGUCAGUUUGCCAAGUUCCUGCAAAGGUACGCCAUUCUGACCCCUGAGACAUGGCCACGGUGGCAUGGGGACGAACGGCAGGGUGUCCAGCACCUGCUUCGGGCAGUCAACAUGGAUCCCGACCAGUACCAGAUGGGCAGCACCAAGGUCUUCGUGAAGAACCCAGAGUCGCUUUUCCUCCUGGAAGAAAUGCGAGAGCGAAAGUUUGAUGGCUUUGCCCGCACCAUUCAGAAGGCCUGGCGGCGCCACAUAGCCGUACGAAAGUACGAAGAGAUGCGGGAGGAAGCUUCUAACAUCCUGCUCAACAAGAAGGAACGCAGGCGGAACAGCAUCAACCGGAACUUUGUCGGAGACUAUCUGGGGCUGGAGGAGCGGCCUGAGCUGCGUCAGUUCCUGGGCAAGAGGGAGCGGGUGGACUUCGCUGACUCGGUAACCAAGUAUGACCGCCGCUUCAAGCCCAUCAGACGAGACUUGAUCCUGACGCCCAAGCAUGUAUAUGUCAUUGGACGAGAGAAGGUAAAGAAGGGCCCUGAGAAAGGCCAAGUGCGUGAAGUCUUGAAGAAGAAGCUGGACAUCCAGGCCCUGAAAGGGGUCUCCCUCAGCACACGACAAGACGACUUCUUUGUUCUCCAAGAAGAUGCCGCAGACAGCUUCCUGGAAAGCAUCUUCAAGACGGAGUUCGUCAGCCUUCUGUGCAAGCGCUUCGAAGAGUUGGUCCAGAGGCCCCUGCCCCUAACUUUCAGCGACACACUACAGUUCCGGGUGAAGAAGGAGGGCUGGGGCGGAGGCGGCACCCGCGGUGUCACCUUCUCCCGCGGUUCCGGCGACCUGGCCGUGCUCAAAGUUGGUGGCCGGACCCUCACUGUCAGCGUGGGCGAUGGACUGCCCAAGAGCUCCAAACCCACACGGAAGGGGAUGGCCCAGGGAAGACCCCGGAGGUCAGCCCAGGCCCCUACCAGGGCAGCCCCUGCGCCCCCCAGAGGCCUGAACCCAAAUGGGGUACCCCCCUCUGCCAGAGGAGGCCCUCUUCCCCUGGAGAUAACAUCUGGAAGGAGCUCCCAGAGGCCUCCCAUGGGCCCCCCAUCUUCAGCUCUGGGGGCCAGCAGACGGCCUCGGGCACGACCACCGUCAGAGCUCAACACAGAGUUCCUCAAUGUGCCUGACCAGGGUGUAGCAGGCAUGCAGAGGAAGCGCAGCGUGGGGCAGAGACCUGUGCCUGGUGUGGGUCGACCUAAGCCCCAGCCUAGAACCCAUGGCCCAAGGUGCCGGGCAUUGUACCAGUAUAUAGGCCAAGAUGUGGAUGAGCUGAGCUUCAAUGUGAAUGAAGUCAUUGAGAUCCUCAUGGAAGAUUCCUCAGGCUGGUGGAAGGGCCGGCUGCAUGGCCAGGAGGGGCUCUUCCCAGGAAACUACGUAGAGAAGAUCUGAACUUGGACUCUGGAAUUGUAUCCUCUCAUCAGCCACCUGCCAUGCCCUGCCAGCAGGAGCCUCUGGCCAGAACAUCCAGGUUACUGGUCACCACUGCAGCACCCCCUGCUGGACCCUGGCUUCCUGCAUGUCAUGCCUGCCGUCCAAGUCUAGGUUUCUUCAUGUGUUCAACAGAACUAACUGCAGAACCUACCUCCCAGCUAGCUGCCUUGCAUGCAGGAAAUGUGUUGUUUACCAUCUUAUAGGGGAAGUGGGGGAUACAGCCCAGGUGAAGGACUCUCCCCUCCUCUCAUCACUCAGGCAAAUAAACAUACAAGGUGAAAGUGGAGGAUCAA